UACUGUAAAUUGCUAACAUAACAAAAAAAUAUAGAAAAUAUGUCUCGCUCUAACCUUGAAACGUUGUUGUCCUACCAUGCACUAACUGGUAAAACAAGUUUAGCUUUCAUAAAACAAGUUUUGCUUUCAUUUUGAUUCGAAUAUAAUUGUUUUCCUCUAUCUCAGUUUUUACGUGUUAUUUUAGUAGGACCUUUGGUGUGCAACCCUGUUACUGAAUUGGACAAGGCGGUAAACAAACUGCGAAGCGCGAACCAAAUACCGUUCCUAUAUUGUUGAAUAUGAUGUUGAGGACGUGGGUUUAAAUAUUAUUUCAUAUUAUGUUCAUACGUUUUACAGCUGGUUGGACUAUUCUGACAUUUAUUCUUUGUUUUUUUUUUGUUAUAGGGUGUUGUGAGAUUACCAAACCUCUUUGGAGCUGACUUUGGAGAUGAGAUCACCUGAUAUGCCACUUUGAUUGAUACAAAAGAGAACCAGUUUGAAAUCUUGGUUGAAAAAAUUAACGGUGAAUUUUUUUUUUCUAAGGGACAGAAGGCUCUCAGAGAUUUCUAUGGGAUUCGACUUGGAGCAUGGAUCACCCUGAUGUUUGUUGGUUUGGGGAAAUUUGCAAUGGUUUUGAAGGACAUGUUUGGGAAGGUUAUCAAGCCUUCUGUGUUUGUUCCUCCGAUGCAUUUUGUUGUCGACAGAAUAAAUGUUGCACCAACAUUCAACAAUAAUCUGCCUCCUUUGACUGCUAACCUUUCAUUUCGCCAUGACAACAACAAUUUUGCUGUUAAUAUGAUGAAAAAACUAACUGAAAAUGAUGUUUCUAAGGGGUUUUUGGUGUUGCAUUUUGGACAUUUUGUGGAUCAAGCUUUUGACAAGGCUAGAACAAACUUGAAGUUGCUUGAUGAGUGUGGAAAUUCGUGGCAAUGUGUCUUGGUUUUUGCUUCUGCAUCAUAUGGGCAAUGUGUCUUGGUUUUUGAUGUAAAUGUCACGUGAUGUAUAAGAAAUACAAACUUCACCAUCUUAUUACUAUACUAUUAUCUAGCUAGCCUUCAUAUAUAAUAUUUAAGAAGAGAGAUUACAAAUAUAUUUAUGUUCUAAUUUGUA